AUGUCCUUCAGCACCAGCGCAAGAAGGGAUACAGGAGCUACAGCCACGGAUUUGUCGCGCUGGAACGACUCGCCAGUGGGAAGCGUCGGGUCGCACCACCUUGCAGGACAAAGGCGAAGAUCGAUGUCGUUCUCAGAAUCGAUCCAAUCCUCCGCCCGCACGGGCCAGAACCCGCUAGAUAUGUCUGCCCAGGAAAUGCGGGGCCCCAAUGGGUUCAGAAGAUCGUUUAUCCAGCACAAGUCGCUCAAGUUGCACGGCAGGAGGGCCAACUUUUUGACUCGGAACUUCAACGAGUUCUUGUCGCUAUAUGGACAUUUUGCGGGCGAAGACUUGUCCGAGGAGGAGGAGGGCCAGGAACAAGAUCAGGAUGAUGAGGACGAGGAGUCUGCACUUUUGCAUGUGAUUCGCCACGAGUACACGCGGCAACAGCAGAAUCGGGGCGACGAUUCUGCGUCUGUGGCUAUUGAAGACGAUGAGUACGGCCCAGAGACAAUGCCCCAUCACAAGGUGAAAAAGAAGACCAGCACGACAAAAGCCGUGCUUCUUCUACUGAAAUCGUUCGUGGGCACCGGGGUGCUUUUCCUCCCCAGGGCGUUCCACAACGGCGGGUGGUUGUUCAGCACGGUGUGUCUCUUCUUUUGCGCGAUAGUGUCGUUUUACUGCUUCAUGCUCUUGAUAGACACCAAGACCAAAGUGGGCGUGGACGGGUACGGUGAGUUGGGAGCACGUCUGUUCGGGCCCAAGCUGAAGUUCACCGUGCUCUCGUCGAUCGUGCUGUCGCAGAUCGGGUUUGCUGCCGCAUACACGGUGUUCACGGCCACGAACUUGCAGGCCUUUUUCAGUCACGUAUUCCGGUUGGAGUACUCGCUGGUAUUCUGGAUCAUGGUGCAGCUGGUGUUCUACCUACCGUUGUCGUUGACACGGAACAUCGCGAAGCUCAGUGCCACGGCUCUCUUGGCCGAUGUGUUCAUUCUCUUGGGACUCGUGUACGUGUACUACUACUCGUCAUACUACAUUUUCCAACACCACGGCAUCGCCUCGGACACAAUGCUCAUGUUCAACAAGAGCGACUGGACCCUUUUCAUCGGGACCGCGAUAUUCACGUACGAGGGUAUCGGGCUCUUGAUCCCGAUCCACGAGUCCAUGGAGCAUCCGAACCAGUUCAAGCCAGCGCUCUUGUACGUGAUUUUGCUCGUGACGGUGAUAUUCGUGUCGUGCGGGCUGGUGUGCUACGCAGCGUUUGGAGACAAGGUGGAAACGGUCAUUUUGCUCAACUUCCCCUCGGACUCGAUAUUCACAAACGCGGUCCAGCUCAUCUACGCGCUUGCCAUCUUGCUCUCGACGCCGCUACAGUUGUUCCCCGCCAUAAAGAUCCUCGAGAACAAGCUGUUCAACAAGAACGCUUCGGGGAAACACAACCCGAGGGUGAAAUGGCACAAGAACUAUUUCCGCAGCGUGGUCGUUCUGGUGACGGUGCUCAUUGCGUGGCUCGGAGCCAACGACUUGGACAAGUUUGUGUCGCUCAUCGGGUCGUUCGCGUGCAUUCCGCUCAUCUACAUCUAUCCACCGUUGUUCCACUUCAAGGUGCACGAGCACGACCGGGCGUUGCAAGCGGUAGACCUUGCGAUCCUGCUGUUUGGCGGCGCCGUGAUGGCAUACACCUCGUACCAGACGGUGUCGCUGUGGGUGGGAUAG